UGCAGGAAAGCAAGGAAAGUCUUUAAAAUUUAUUUUCAUUUAACUGCUUGAGAAGUGUAAUCCUAUUGUGAAUCGGCGACACCUGAAUUGUGUAUAUAUCAAUAGAAUUAAUAUUUGAGUAAUUUUUUGACACUUCUGUCAUAGGAAAAAUCAUAUAAUUUUCAGUUUGUAAAAAAUUUAAAUUAAUUAAAAAUUAAAAAAGUAUGGUUGACCCAAAUGUCAAUCGGGACCACCUGGAUUUACGAGGCAUCGAUGAAAGAGAGGAAAGUUCGAGUAGCCUCUAUGAUGGGUCACCAAGAAAAUACUCGUCUUCUAGCGUUGACGAUCAAGGUUAUCCAGGCCGUUGUCGGAUGCAUAUAAGCCGCUCACGUUCUCGGCGAAUAACGACCAAUAGUGCUGUAAGGAAAAUAAAUUCCGGGCCCGAUUGGACUGCAAACAUUUCAAAACCAGUUAGAGAGCGUUCCGAGGGUGAAUGUUCCACGACGUCCUCCAGUUCUGAUUCCAGCUCCAGCUCUGGAUCAAGCUCUGGCUCAAGCACUGGCUCCGAGUCAGGAUCCUCUUCCUCUGCAUCUUCAUCGAACUCCAAAAAAACUCCAGGAGAAGUCCAAUGCACUACAAUCUUGAUCCCAGAAGAGCAUCUAAAUCAAGAACAAUCUGAUGGGGAUCAAUUAAUGCUCUGUGAGCCAAGUUUUUCAGGAGCUGUUCCCGAUUUAUGUGAGCCCUCAUUAUCGUCGACUGUUCAAGGAAAUACCAAUCCAACAGAAGACAAAGGUAGCUCAGAGGAAGAACUGGAGGCAAUAAACCAAAAUCAAUUAUUGCCUUCAAUGCAAUACUCUCCAAUUUCAAGUUACAUAUCUAGGUCUCGCUCAAACUCAAGUGCCAGGAACGAAAAGGAAAAAAUAUUGCCCACUGAGCAAUAUUAUUCAUUACUUACGAUCCCCAAGGAUAAACUAUGUCCAGAAAAUGUGAGAUACAGCUUGCCUCCAAGCUCGGAAGGUGAACUCAAGAGAGGAAAUAAUGACGACGAUCAAAUUAUUCCCACGGAGCAAUAUGCUUUAUCACUUUCGAUCUCAAAGGAUAACUCAUAUCCAGGAAAUGUGACAUACAGUUUGUCUCCAAUCUCGCAAGGAGAACUGAAGAGAGGAAAUAAUGACCAGGGAAAAAUAUUGUCACCGGUGCAAUAUGAUUUAUCUCAUCCGAUCUCUAAGGAUACCACAUAUCCAGAAAAUAUGAGAUGCAGUUUGCCUCCAAGCUCGGAAGGAGAACUGAAGAAAGGAAAUAAUGACAAGGAAAAAAUAUUGCCCACGGUGCAAUAUGCGACAUCACUUCCGAUAUCUAAGGACAAUCCAAAACCAGAAAAUGUUACUUAUAACUCGUCCCCAAGUUCGAAAGGAGAAGUAAAGAAAGGAAAUAUUGACAAGAAAAAAAUGUUGCCAUAUGUUUCAUCACCCUCGAUCUCCAAGAAUAAAUCAUCCUUGAAAAAUAAUCCAGGGUCAAACUCUAAGGACAAAUCAUCUCCAGGCAGAUUCAUGUACUACAUAAGUUCAAGCUCAGAAGAUGAACCGAUUAAAGAUAAUCUCAAAUAUGAUGUUAUGCAUGAGCUAAAUGUUUCCCCUGACAGACUUAGUAUUAAUACCGAUUUCGGUGAGAGUCCUGAGAACCAGCAGCCAAAUGAGAAAGUAAAUUUGGAGUGCACUUACAACGAAACGAAUGAGAUGGAGAUCCCAGCUAUUAGCGAGGGCGAAACUGUUCAACCCAAAGAAAAUCCAAUAUUCCAUGAUGAUAAGUACCGAAAAAUGUUGGGAGACAAGCUGACGGCAAAGUUCCAUGUCACUCUACCAGCUGAUAGUUGUGGUAAUAUGAGAUACAGUUUGCCUCCAAGCUCGGAAGGAGAACUGAAGAGAGGAAAUAAUGACAAGGAAAAAAUAUUGCCCACGGUGCAAUAUGCGACCACACUUCCGAUAUUUAAGGACAAUUCAAAACCAGAAAAUGUUACUUUCAGCUCGACCCCAAGUUCGGAGGGAGAAGUGAAGAGAGGAAAUAUUCAGAAGAAAAAAAUAUUGCCAUAUGUUUCAUCACCCUCAAUCUCCAAGAAUAAACCAUCCUUGAAAAUUAAUCCAGGGUCAAACUCUAAGGACAAAUCAUCUCCAGGCAGAUUCAUGUACUACAUAAGUCCAAGCUCAGAAGAUGAACCGAUUAAAGAUAAUCUCAAAUAUGAUAUUAUGCAUGAGCUAAAUGUUUCCCCUGACAGACUUAGUAUUAAUACCGAUUUCGAUGAGAGUCCUGAGAACGAGCAGCCAAAUGAGAAAGUCAAUUUGGAGUGCACUUACAACGAAACGAGUGAGAUGGAGAUCCCAGCUUUUAGCGAGGACGAAACUGUCCAACCCAAAGAAAAUCCAAUGCCCUCUGAAGAUAAGUAUCGAAAAAUGUUGGGAGACAAGCUGACGGCAAAGUUCCAUGUCACUCUACCAGCUGAUAGUUGUGGACUUCUUGGCGGUCCAGGGCAGUUCAUAAGGCUUCCCCAUUUCAUACCCGUAGAGUCCAGGGCUUAUGAGGCUCUGAGCUUUGCGAAUCGCAUGACUUCAGAGGACUUCAAAGACGAGCAGGCUCGCGGGGAUUUCAUAAAUCGCCUACAGACAACAAUCAGAUGGCGAGAGAACCAAGACAAGGUCAAGGAGUCGAAUUCGAGGAUUAUUCGCUGGUCCGAUGGCAGCGAGACAUUCCAUGUGGGCGCCGAGGUUUUCGAUGUGAUUCACCAUCCUUUGAAUGAACCCAAUAGCUUGUAUGCUCGCCUGGGGACCUGCUACCAAGGUCAGGGACCGAUCAAGGACAAUAUGACACUGCGUCCCAAGCUGCACUCCAACAUCGGACAGAGUCAUGUCCAGGGCAUGCAGAAUCGAGCGAUAAAUAAACCGCCAAUGCGCUGCGUCAAGGAUCCAUUAGAUGUGGUCGCUGAUCCUGGACAGGAUCGUGAGCGGCGCGUCGAGGAGCAACUGGCCAAACGGGGGAGGGGGAACCUGACCGGCGUCGCGAGGAUCAGAUGAAUCGCAAGAAGCCUCGUAUUCCACCGAUGCACCACUACAUUGCAGACGAUUCGAAUGCAGAGCAACAACUUAGCAAUCCAAAGCGCGUUGUCAAAGCAAAUAUCACCCAGGGCACACGCAUUAAUCGCAAUGCGGCCAUUAAGCCUGGCGAAUUCGAUGAGCAGGCUAACGAUGGGGAUAUUGAUGAGUCAAACGAAGAGGAUGAAAAUGACAACGUUAUGGACUACGAGGAAGAAUUGUUCGACAAGCCCUGUUGCACCGCUUCAAAGGCCAGAAAAUUGGAUUGCGAUAAGGGUCCCAAGAUCAGGAUCAAGCCCAAGCAGUUGGUCUAUACCCAUACCGAUUCCGACUAAGAAUUUUAUGUACGCUUGGUAUGCGAUGUGCAUUAAGUAUUCGUUGUACACUUAGUAUUCGCUGUACACGAAACUUUAAUAAACAUAAUGCAUUAGCUAGCCCACAACAAAGA